AUGUCGUCCCACCAGGUUCCAAGGAAGAGAUACAGAAGCUCGGAUUCCCCUAAUGAUUCAGACGAGCAAGACCGGACUCUCGGGGGUGCGCUACGGUUGGAGGUCAGUUUUUUGGACACACCACCGCCUUCAUCGCCCCCGAGAGGCGCGACCUCGAGCUCCCAAGUCCAGAGCGCGGUACUCGCAGUACAGGCCCCAGCCCCACCUCCGGUUUACAAAUUCGAGAAGCACAUCGCACGCGACGUUUACAUCGAUCUCAUCCGGAAGAACUAUCCGGACCUGGACGUCGCCAAUCUGAGCGACUUCGACUUGGUAGCGCUGUCCUCAGGAGGAUAUGAUGGCUCCCCAGCCGGAAUCCAGCAAUGGUUGCAGGACGAGCUCGACGCCGUAGCGGAGCUAGAGGGCGGAGACGUCAAGGCGAUUCUGGAGGAGGCGACCGUGGCCUGCAAUGAGGUAGUGUCAGCAAUCGGGCUCAAGCCUUCCAUCGGAGCGACCGACGUUAUCAUCCGACCUGUGACGGGCACCGACUACUCCAUGCGCCUUUGGCCUGCCUCGGAGCAAAGCUGGUGUUUUGACUUCGUGCAUUCGACGACCCAGGAGCCGAAGAACAAGCCGUUCCAGUUCGAGCUGUGGGCUGUACCGCUGGAGACCGACAACCAGGCCCCAUGGCUGCCUAUCAGUCUGCUCUCGAGGCGCUUGUACUCGAUGGAGUUUGGCUUUGGACUCACCGACGCUGAGAUCAAGGAGGGAGAAGAGAAGUUUGCUUUGAUGGAUGGACAGACGUGCAUCCUCAAGCGUUUGGGUCAUCGUGACAUACGCUUCACGGUACCUAACCGCAACCCGGUCGUAGUGCACGACGAGGUAGAGGUUGUUGUAUUCAGAUGA